GUGGAAGUUUCAAAUUUAAAUAUUUUAUUCAGAAUAUAACAUACAGUAGAUAACAUAUCAAAUGCUUAAAUUGAGAAAAUGUAUCAUUUAAAGGGAAAAAUAAGUUGAUUUUAAAUUUCAUGGCAUCAGCACAUCUUAAAAAAGUUGGGACAAGGCCAUGUUUACCACUGUGUGGCAUCCCCUCUUCUUUUUAUAACAGUCUGCAAACGUCUGAACACUGAGGAGACAAGUUGCUCAAGUUAAGGAAUAAGGAAUGUUGUCCCAUUCUUGUCUAAUACAGGCUUCUAGUUGCUCAACUGUCUUAGGUCUUCUUUGUUGCAUCUUCCUCUUUAUGAUGCACCAAAUGUUUUCUUUGGGUGACAGAUCUGGACUGCAGGCUGGCCAUUUCACUAACCGGAUCAUUCUUCUACACAGCCAUGAUGUUGUAACUGAUGUAGUAUGUGGUCUAGCAUUGUCAUGUUGCAAAAUGCAAGGUCUUCCCUGGCAGAGACGACGUCUGGAUGGGAGCAUAUGUUGUUCUAGAACUUGGAUAUACGUUUCAGCAUUGAUGUGUAAGCUGCCCAUGCCACACACACUCAUGCAACCCCAUACCAUCAGAGAUGCAGGCUUCUGAACUGAGAUCUGAUAACAACUUGGGUUGUCCUCAUCCUCUUUAGUCUGGAUGACAUAUGCCCAGUUAUCCAAAAAGAACUUCAAAUUUUGAUUUGUCUGACCACAGAACAGUUUUCAACUUUUCCACAGUCCAUUUUAAAUGAGUCUUGGCCCAGAGAAAAUGCCUGCACUUCUGGAUCAUGUUUAGAUAUGGCUUCUUUUUUGACCUAUAGAGUUUUAGCCGGCAACGACGAAUGGCAGAAUGGAUUGUGUUCACUAACAAUUUUUCUGGAAAUAUUCCUGAGCCCAUGUUGUGAUUUCCAUCUAAGGGCCCGAAGAUCACAGGCAUCCAGUAUGGUUUUCCAGCCUUGACCCUUUACGCACAGAGAUUGUACUAGAUUCUCUGAAUCUUUGGAUGAUAUUAUGCAUUGUAGAUGAUGAUAACGUCAAACUCUUUGCAAUUUUUCUCUGAGAGACUCCUUUCUGAUAUCGCUCCACUAUUUUUCACCACAGCAUUGGAGGAAUUGGUGAUCCUCUGCCCAUCCUGACUUCUGAGAGACACUGCCACUCUGAGAGGCUCUUUUUUAUACCCAACUAUGUUGCCAAUUUACCUAAUAAGUUGCAAAUUGUUCCUGGAGCUGUUCCUUAUACAGUAUGUACAUUUCAUUUUUCCGGCCUCUUAUUGCUACCUGUCCAAACUUUUUUGAAUGUGUAGCUCUUAUGAAAUCCAAAAUGAACCAAUCUUUGGCAUGACAUUUCAAAAUGUCUCACUUUCAACAUUUAAUAUGUUGUCUAUAUUCUACUGUAUUGUGAAUAAAAUAUAAGUUUAUGAGAUUUGUAAAUUAUUCCAUUCCUUUUUUACUCACAAUUUGUACAGUGUCCCAACUUUUUUGGAAUCAGGUUUGUAUUUCAUUUCAUUAAAUGUUUAUUUUAUUUCAACUACUUUCAAAUAUUUUUUUUAUAAAUAUAAUACUAUUUAUAAAUAUAAUAAUAAACCUACUGUAGUUACAGGCCUUUUUUUAGGUAAACAGAGCAGAUCACAGUAACCUCUCAUUUAGUCAAAUGUCACCAAGUAACAAUUCAUUAUUGUUUGGAAAAAGAUUUCCAGUAUCAUCCUCUAUCCUGUGUGCAAAGGAAUCUUCUUUAAAGACAUGUUUUUUUGUUUUAUUGAGUAGGUCUACAUACUUGUUCUCAUCAUUGCACAGGCAUUGAUUACCUGCACAAAACUGCAGCUUUGUAUUAAUUAACUACUGCCACAAACUUCAACAACAUGCUACUAUUUGUCUGUUGCAUGCAGUUGUACAUAAGGGAAAAAAAGAAUAUGUCCGUGUGUUUUUUCUUUCUUUCUUUUUUCCUUUUUUUCCCCUCUCAUAUUCGAACAUUUUGGUUGAAUAGCUGUUCUUUUAUGUAGGCCCACGUACACUGUUAUGUCACCAGUCUGUCAGUCUUUGGCUUUUGUCAUUCUAAUUUGCUGCUUUGUUGCAGUGGAUUGUCUUGCCUCCUCGUGAAUUAACAAAAGCUUUGAGAGGGUACCCAGCAUCGCACGACUGUUUCCCGGGGAAACGUACCGGGUAAACAAGAGCCAAUCUCUGCGCAAGCGGGCGGCAGCGGAACCAGCAGCAGAUCUCGGAUUGUGAACUGGCGCAGCAAAUUCCAUCCACCUCAGAGAAAGACAGGGAGUUCUGCUAAAAAGAAAAUAUUUUACAUUAAGACAAAAGUUUAAGUCAAAUGGCUAAAUAGGUAAAAUAGACUUUACAGUGGCGUAAAUAUAUAUUUGUGUUUGACUGACGAGCUCAAGGACCGGAUAGGAAAGGAAGCAUGCGGCGCGCCACUUCAGCUGGGUACCGUUUACCGGACCGACCCAAUGGUCCUCUCGCCUCUCAGUCCUCAGGCUCAGUGUUCAGACAUUCAGCGGGCAGGACACGAAACACCGGUGAGAUACCAGCGCAAGACGACGAUACCCGAGAUCCGGUAAAGCAGGACCAAGUUUGGAGAGAGUUUGUGCGAACGGAGCGAAUCGGUGUGAAAGAAUGGGAGAAGAACUGGAGUUUCCUCAUGAACUUUUACCAGCUGGGUCAUCCACAUACAGAAACUCCUCUCUCCAGCUCGGUGUCUUUAUACUCAGACAGAGUCCCAAACACCAGAAACCAAAUGUUCAGCAGCGGCUUGUACACUGAGCUGGGCAAAGAGCUGAUUUACCUGGACAAUCUGCUAAUCCUGACAGAAAACCACCGCAAGACCAAAAGGAAUCCAGAGAUGCUACCCUGCUGAGGUUUACCAGGCAAAGCAAAACCUUCUAGCAGAGAUUCUCUAGAGACCUUCCCUUGGGUCGUUCUGUUUGUCAUGCCUUUACUUAUAGACAAUCUCAAGGUUGUUCAGUGGUUGGCUGUUUGUUUUAUAAAAAAAAUUUUUUUCUCUCGACAGCCUAAAUACCAGCUGCCAACCUGUGUAUGUAUGGGUGUGUUUGUUGUUUGUUCGUGUGUUGAGAGCUUGUUUUUAUAGAUUUUCUGUUGACAUUAAUAUGCAUCCCUCAGAGUACUGUAAUAUGUUGAUAAAGGCAUUAAAAAGAUGAUCCUGAUUUUAGAAUAUACUAUUUGCAUAUUCAUUUUUUAGAUAAACACUGUUACUCAGUGUAUAAAUGCUAAUUAGUUACAGAACUGGAUUAAAACUCCUAGAUCAGAGAGAUUUAUUUUUCUGUACUUGAAAGGGUUAGAUUGGUUUGCAUCUCAAGAGAAAAGAGGAAUUAGAUGUGUCGGGUAAUUCUUCACAGUUCAGUUUACAAACAGUCCUAGCCAAUUUAGACAUUUUAUCCAUGGAACAUUAGAGGAUUAGAACUGGAAUAUUUUGCCAAGACCUUCUACAUUUGUUAUGUUGAAAAAUAUAAAUCUGAUCUUGCCGAAUUAUAUUCCAAUAAAGUUGUUCUCCUUUUAA